AGAGCGGUCGCGGCCGCGGUCGCGUGCAUCCACACACUCGCGCUUCGCCACCCCCUUGGCCCUCGCCCUCCCUCCCUCCCUUCGGUUCCUUGCUUGCUGGGGGCUGGGGCUGGGGCAGGGGCUGGGCUUGGGGCUCUUUGGCUCUUUGGCUCUUUGGCCCUUGGGGCCUUUUGCGCUUGGAGGGUCUUGCGACGCUUCUUCUCUGCCUCCUCCUCCUCUUCCUCUUCAUCAUCGGCUGCUGCUGCUGCUGGUCCUCCUGCCUCCCCUUCUUCUCCUUCUUCUUCUCCCUCGCCCUCUUCUUCUGCUUUCUUCAGCUGGGACGGGUUUGCGCCCCCUACUUCUUCGCAGUUUGGCGACCAGCAGCACUUGGUGGCUUUGCAGCGUGCGCCUCGAGCGAGCAUCCGAUACGCGCACUGCGCGGGCUCGUCAUCUUGAUCUUCAUAUUUGUGGGAGGAUUCUCGACGUGGAGCGAGAGUGUGGCGGAGAGGACAGCGGUGGAAGGCAGGCAGGCAGACAGGCAGGCACAGGAAGGAAGGGCGAGGGCGAGAGGAAGGCAGGAAGGGACGAAGGGGCAGAGGACGAGAACGACGACGACGAAGAAGAAGAAGACGCGACCGGGGCUCGACGGAGGAGGAAGAGGAGGAGGAGGGAGGGUCGAGGAACCCUAGAAAUCACCGAGCACGAAAGACGCAAGAAAAUAAAAACGGCUGCGCGGAGCGGGACGAAUCUGCCCAAGUCUCUCUCUCAUCUUUUUCCCCCAUUCUCUCUCACACUCUUCUCACUCUCUCUAUCUCUCUCCCGUCACUGCUCCUCCACUCGCGGGUCGUAGCGUGUUGAGUGUCGUCGUCCUCCCUCUCUACACGACAUCUCCACUCUCAGAAGUCUCUCUUCUUUUACUCCUUUGGUGUGUGUGCGCAGACAGAGACGCACAGGCUAGACACGGGGCAGAAAGAAAGAAAGAAAGGCAGGCAGAGCAGAGCAGAAAGCAGACAGAGCAGAGCAGUGCAGAGCAGAGUUGGUUGACGGUAGGAGUGUGUAGCCGGCCAGGCCAGGAUACUUCAGGAAGGGCUUGCUUGUUCUCUAUCUGGGGCGUGUAGGUGAGAGCGUUGCUGCUGCUGCUGUUGCGCGGGCUGCUGUGUCGAGGCCAUGGAGGCUGAUCAAGAGCAAGAUGCAGGCAUGUCCGACGCUGCGCCUGAUUUGAAUGAACAGGCCACGGACUCAGCCCCGGAGCAGCAGCAGCAGCAAGCGCAGGAGCGCGCGCAGGACAGUUUUGAAAAUGGAGGGCCCGAUAAAGAUAACGAUAACGAGGAUAAGGUAGAGAGUGAUUCCAAAGGAUCGCCAGACGCCUCCACAGGAAAAUCGUCCAGUACAGGAGGGAAAAUCUUCAUCGGCGGCCUCUCAUGGGACACUUCCACAGACAAUUUAACGAGCCACUUCAAGAAGUAUGGAGAAAUCACCGAUGCCGUGAUUAUGAAAGACCGGAACACUGGACACCCUCGAGGAUUUGGAUUUGUCACCUUUGCCGACCCACUUGUUUGCGACAGGGUCGUUCAGGACAAGCAUGUGAUUGACGGAAGAACGGUUGAGGCGAAAAAGUCGGUGCCAAGGGAGAAUAUGGCUUCCACCAAAGGACCUAAGACCAAAAAGAUUUUUGUGGGAGGUAUCCCUCCUUCAAUCACUGACGACGAGUUCAAGAGCUACUUCACUCGAUUUGGUAACGUUGUCGAACAUCAGAUCAUGCAAGACCAUAGCACAGGGCGUUCUCGAGGCUUUGGGUUCGUAACCUUCGACAGUGAGCAAACAGUAGAAGACAUUCUCGCCCAAGGAAAAAUGCACGAGCUUGGUGGGAAACAGGUCGAGAUCAAGAAGGCCGAACCAAAGCGAACCACGCAAGAAACUGGCAGUGCCUAUCCGGGAGGAAGGGGAGGAGGGUAUACAGCUGGGGCCAGCGGUGGCUAUGGAGGUUACGGUGAAGGCGCUUACGGCGGAAUAAGCAGCGCCUACGGUGGAGGUGGAUCGUACAGGUCGGGUGGCUACGGUGCAAGGGGAGGUUACGGUGCCGGGUACGGUGGUAGUGGAUACGGAGGCGGCUACGGCGGCAGUGGUGGAUACGGAGGGGGAUACGGAGGAGGAGGCCUAGGUGUUGGUAGCUACGGUGGCGGGUCCGUCGGGGCUGGAUACGGUGGCAGUCUGGGGUCAUACGGAAGCUCGCUGGGCGGCAGCGGUUAUGGCAGCGGCAUGAUGAGCGGCUACAGCGAUGGGGCCGAGGGCUACGGUAGCAUGGGGUACGGGGGCUACAGCGGCAGCGGCUACGGGGGCUACGGAGCGAGCGGGGGAUACAGCUCGGGGUACGGCAGCAGUCGUGCGUACGGGGGCGGAGGCGGAGGCGGGGGCAGCGGCACCAGCAACGGCCGAUACCACCCAUACGGAAGGAAUUAGCGUAGCCUUGGGCGUCCACUGAUAAAAAGACAUUUGCACUGUUAAAAAGACAUGUGUUAUGUUGUCGAAUUUAGUCCUAGAUCAGGUAGAUGGUGUCUUAUAUCGAAGGCACAAGAGCAAAAUAUGAAAUGCGGAGGUCUGAGGGGAAAUUGUGUCUUGUAGGGUAGGUGAGUCAAGCAGCAGAUGUUCAACCGUCAUCUUUGUAUUGACUUUAGUGGUCUUCAUUUACAAAAUUUUGUGUCAACCCUUCUCCAUUUUCCGUCGUGAGCCGCUUGUCGUCAUCAAGACACUGCGUUGCCGAAGGUACUAUGUACAACGAGACUUGAUAGAGUGACAUGCCGUCCCUAUCCUCAUGUGAAUUACGUUCAUUCUCGAGAAAAGUUGUUGCUAUCAUUUGACGUUUUGAUGGAAUUUUGGAAACAAUCGUCUUGGACGAAUUUAAGUAAUUUGCCUCAUUCAUUCCUCGUGUUUGAGGAGAC